GAGCCUCGCGCCCAGUCCUCGCGCGCAGCGGCUCGGCGUGCGUCCCCAGCCCAGCUGUCCGCUGCUCCGCCACCAUGGCAGCCUCCUCCGCGCGGCCCGCCGUCUUGGCCCUGACCGGGCUGGCGCUGCUCCUGCUGCUGUGCAUGGGCCCAGGUGGCAUAAAUGGAAAUAAACUCAAGUUGAUGCUUCAAAAACGAGAAGCACUUGCUCCAGCGAAGACAGAAGUGGCUGUUGAUGAGAACAAAGCCAAAGAAUUCCUCAGCAGCCUGAGGCGUCAGAAGCGGCAGCUGUGGGACCGGACCCGGCCAGAGGUGCAGCAGUGGUACCAGCAGUUCCUCUACAUGGGCUUCGAUGAAGCGAAAUUUGAAGAUGACAUCUCCUACUGGCUAAACCGAGAUCGGAACGGACACGACUACUACGGCGACUACUACCAACGUCACUACGAUGAAGACUCGGCAAUCGGCCCCCGGAGCCCCCACAGCUUCAGGCAUGGUGCCAGUGUCAACUACGAUGACUACUAGGCCUACUUGACACACUGUGGACCGGAAACCAACAGUGUCUGUCUUCACGGCUCUCCUGAUGCCUUAUCCUAUUGGGUUUCUGCCGGGCUUGAUCUCCGCAGAUCUUUUCUACCUACUUUGACCACAACCAAAGAGUUAAAACCAAGAAUAUAAGUGCCUUUUGAUAGUUCAUGCAAAGUCCCUAAUAAUGUGUCUAUCUCAUUUCAAAAUAGAAAUAAAAAGCAUUUUGUU